AUGCGUGGUACUCUUAACCCACGAGUCUUGCAGUUUGAUCCUGAGAUAAAGAAGACGGAAAGGAAACUUAGGAAGGACGCAAAAGCAAAGAAAGCUAAAGAAGCAAAAGAAACCUCAAAUUCAACGGAACCAAUGGCGGAAAUUAACCAACUCGCUCCAAGGACCUUGGGAGAUUACAUGACCCCAGCUCGAGUUCCACAGACGGCAAGCAUCGUUAGACCAACCAUAGAAGCUAACAACUUCGAACUAAAGCCGGCGCUGUUACAACUGAUUCAAAAAGAACAGUUUGUUGGAGGAAGCACAGAGAACCCUACAGUGAAUGGAGUUUCUCGUGAUGCUAUCUUGCUCAGACUAUUUCCGUGCUCACUGAAGGACGAAGCGAGAGAUUGGCUGCAGUCUCAACCCGAAGGAAGCAUAACUAGUUGGGAUGACUUAGCAAGAAAAUUCCUGGCUAGAUUUUUCUCAGCUUCAAAGAUGGCAAGACUCAAAGCGGAGAUCACGACUUUCAAACAAAAAGAAAGUGAAUCUUUAUAUGAGGCUUGGGAACGAUUCAAAGGAUCACUCAAGAGGUGUCCUCAACAUGGAAUUGAAGUAUGGGAAAAAGCAAGAAUCUUCUUUCAAGGGAUGACGUCCAACACAAGAACACUGGUAAAUGCUGUUGCAGGAGGCUCCUUGAAAAUAAAGACUCCAGAGGAAGUGCUAGAAUUGUUGGAAUCAUUAGCUUCUCAAGAAUUUGACAAUGCCCCUACCCCAGCUACACAAAGGAGAGCAAGAAUCAUGAAGCUCGACGAGGCUCAUGCAACUGAUGAUUGUGAUUACGUGAGAACAACUGAAAAGACACCAGAAAACGCUGAUGUCAACGGAAUCUGGUAUGAUCAGAAGAACCCGAACAAUCCAGGAAGAAGCCAAUAUGGUAAUCAAGGGUGGAAGUAUAAUAACCAACACCCUGGGUUGAGUUGCAAAUCAAACUACCAGCUGAACCCUCCUAUGCCAUUGCAACAACAACCUCAAGGCACCACGUCAGAAUGGGAAAAGGCUUUAGCACAGCUAUCCAAGACCACAUCGGACUACAUUCAAAAUGCAGAUGCCUUCAGAGAUGAAACAAGAGCUUCAUUUCGGAAUCAAGAAGCUUCGAUCCGGAACAUGGAGACUCAAAUUGGUCAGCUUUCAAGACAGUUCACUGAAAGAACUCAGGGCACCUUUUCAAGUAACAAUGACACGAACCCAAAGGCACAAUGUAAUUCAAUUGUCACAAGAAGUGGGAUCGUGAUUCAGCCUGUGGAAAAGCCACCAGUUGAAAAGAAGAAAGAAGCCGAACCUAAAGCUGAGAAAGAUAAAGAAGAAGAUACAGUAGAAGCAGAAAGGAGCAGCCCAGAGAAGAAGCUGUUCAAAUGGGAGAAAAAGAAAGCUCUUGACCGGCAACCAAAACCGGCAGACCCGUCUCCCUAUGCACGAGUUCCAUACCCACAGAGGUUGAAACAAGAAAUCCAGAAACAACAAUAUACUAAAUUUCUGGAUAUCUUCAAAAAGCUGCAAGUAAACAUUCCAUUUGCAGAGGCCCUGGAAAGCAUGCCUAAUUAUGCAAAAUUCAUGAAAGACCUUCUAUCAAGGAAACACAAGCUGAAGGAGUGCGAAACAGUGGCCCUAACUGAGGAAUGCAGCGCAAUCAUACAAAAGAAACUUUCUCCCAAGCUGAAAGAUCCGGGCAGCUUUAGUAUCCCUAUAGCCAUAGGGAAUAUUAAAGUAGGAAAAGCACUAUGUGAUCUGGGAGCAAGUAUAAACCUGAUGUCGUUGUUCAUGUGCAGAGCUCUGGGAAUCAAAGAACUAAAACCGACUACAGUUUCUCUCCAGUUAGCAGACAGAUCGAUCAGACGACUAUAUGGGGUAAUUGAAGAUGUUUUAGUUAAAAUUGAAAAUUUUAUCUUCCUUGCAAAUUUUGUAAUUCUGAAUAUGGAAGAAGACGCUGAGAUUCCCCUACUGCUCGGAAGGCCAUUCCUAGCCACCGCAAGAGCAAUGAUCGAUGUGGAGCAAGGAAAACUAAUGCUGAGAAUGAAUGAAAAAACAGUCACCAUUGACGUCUUUGAAUCAAUGAAACAUCCAUCAAAUGGAGGAGACUGCUUUAUGAUUGACAUAAUGCAAGAGGCAAUUGAUGAUACUAUGAAAGAGGAGAAUUCCCUACUCGAGUUAGAACAAAUCAAUGAAGAGACAGAAAUAGUUGACAAAGAACUAGUGGUGGAAGAACUUGAAAGAAAGAAAGAUGACAUCCCUCUUGGAGCACCGAAGGUAUAG